CGACAAACAAUAUGGCCGCCAAGGGUCAGCUGUAGAUCGAGUUGUGAAUGGUCGCGUGUCAUUGUGUAUCGAAUGGCGCCUGACUGAUAUCCGGGAGUGAUUACUAACAUGUCUGACUGUAUACAAAGCCUGACAGACAUUACAGAGAACCCUGAAGUUCUGAUUUUAUUUCGGCAGUGAUUUCUGUCGAUUGGGCACAGAUUUCUCGACAAGAUGGCGGGAAGUGGGGGUGCUCUAAAUCUCUCACUUCUCAGCCGUGGUGUUGGCGAGGUUUCUAAAAAUGGACACGAGAAAGUCGAAGUUCUGUUCGAGCCACAGGACUAUUACAAUUUCCGGACCUACCUGCCCCCAAUAGAGCCACCAACACCAACCUACGCCUACGACAGCUCACCGACGUUCUCCCGACGCUCACACAAACCAAACAUCCCCAUCCCUAAAACGUUUACCACUAGGAAGGGAGCUCUGCUACUAUUCUCCGAAGACCUUGCCCAUAAAAAUCCUGUGCCUGUUGUAAGAAGACAUAACUAUCACAGCCUCGAUGAAACUAAAUUCUCGUCCAUAACGCCGGGUGAUGAGGAUGGCGACCUCAAGACUGUGGAUGACCUUGCCAAGUCUAUUCUUCUCUAUGGCAACCAGGAUUCACCUGACCUAGAUGGAGGUUUCAUGAAUAUGAAGUUUAUACGUGGUCGUAAGAAGAAGGACUACUUUGACAGACAAAUAAGACCAGGAUUCUCAGCCAAGCGAUACCUAUCUUCCUGGACUAAGUCUUGGGACGACUCAGUAUUAGAGAAAGUCAUUAGUAAGGGAUACUUGACGGAGAAGUCUCUAUUUUACUACAAUCCACUAAUGCCGCACCUACAGCGUCGUCUCAACGAUGACAUGUCCCACUAUCCUGUCCCUUACAAACUCAUGCGGAGUAUGCUGAUGUCCCCAGGAAGUCUGUCUGGGUACACUUUCUACCGUGUAAGGCCAGAGUCUGCAGAAACAAUCUUGACACAAGAAGAUGCUGGAGUAGCCAUUAGUCGAGGGGCUUCCAUCAAGGUCAUAAGUACUAAAGAUGGCAUACAAAGGGAGGUAACGUAUGCCAGCCUGGAUCGUCAUGCCAAGGAGGAGGUCCUGACAGAUCUUCUAGUCAAAAGUGCUGUCCACUACGCCAUGAAAAAGCAACAGGAGUAUAUGGAUGGGACGCACUAUUCCAAAGUCAACAAGAUCAUUGAGGUACCAGAAUCUCCCGUUCCUAAGUUUGACAUGCAGGACGCUGUGGAGUCAUUGCUAGAUGGACAGAAAAAGAAAAACUUACUGGACACAGAUUUCGUUGAUGACAAGUCCUCUGAACAUUCCGGGUCAUUCAAGGGCAAGACCAGAAGGUCAAGGGGCAGCAAGGGAAAAAGGUCUUUGGGCUCUUCCCGAGAUGACAAGGAAUAUAUUGGAAAUGUGCCGGUUGUUGCGAUGCGUGCCGGAGAUUCGUCCCCAACCACCCUUCCACACAUCUCUGGGACCCUGCCCCUCCCACCAAUAGGGGAAGCCAGCCGUGAACAGACCAACAUCCCUCCUGUGGUGCUGCCACCUAUUGGCAAUGAAGCAGUCCCUCUAGUGAGCGUUCAACCACCUACCCCCCAGCACACAUUCCUAUCCACACACGGAGCGCAAGAACCCGGCCUCAACACACAGGCUGAGGAGGAUUCGCAAGAUAUGGCUGAUGGAGUGUGGGGUAUGGGAGAUAAUGACAUACUUCGACAGAAGGCAAUGGACCUGGAACGUCGUCGAAAGGAGGAAAAACUCCGACGGAGGCGUGGAGAAGGCCCCUCCGUAUCGGGAGGGUCGUACCUCCAGAGCAGCAGUGAAAGUCUCGGGGCUGGUAGUGGACAUUCCGUCCCAGCUGCCAGGCCUGUUCGUAACCACUGGAAGGGGAGUAACCAGAGUCUACGCAGUAUAGGCUCCAAGAAAGCUGACAGUGAUGGACAUCUAUCUCCAGAAACAGAAAUUGAUGCUCGAAGUGGAGACGAAGGUUCACUCAAAGGAAGCGUGAUAUUUGGACCAGACGGUCAGGUGAUAAAUGUCGGAGGUGCUAUCCAACCAUCGCCUCGUUUAGAGGCGACGGGAAUGAUCGAUCAGGUUACAGAUGCCAAUCGAUUCUUCGGGAAAGAUGUAAUAUUAGGAUCGUUGACAAUAGACCUGCCAUUUCUCCGUAUGUAUGAUCUUGUGAGUGACGAGUCGGAUGAUGAGCCUGACGAAUGGAAACACAGUAAAGCCCUCCGUCGUCGGGAGGUAAUGAGACGAGAGAUUGACUAUACUGCCGGCGAUAUUGACGCCACUCAGUCAAUCAAAUCGUGGAGCUACUUGUCUCGGGAUAUCAAUGACACAGAUAUUAUGGACCUAAUGGUGAACAAAUCUACAAGUCUACCCGAUGGUCUUGCUAGCAUAGAGCAAGAGGUCUUCUUUAGAAUGCCUAAAGAUAUCACAAUGUUAAGUCGCGCCACAGAAAAAACAGAGGAAAAUGAUAGAACAGAACCUACUCCAGCCCAGGACCCAUUCUUCACACGCUACCCAGCGCCCCCUGAUACCGAUAACCUCAACUCAUCCAUGGGAGGGGAGGGAACUGCUGCUCCAAGCAGACUGACCUCUGUUAGUCUUAUUGAAAGCACAUCACACCUCAUUCCCAUAGAAACUCCACACCCAGAUAAAAUAGACGAAGAAUCGAAGGAGGGGGAAGGUCGAGAAACUCGUGCAGAAGGAGCUGUUUCCAAGGUAACCGCUGCUAGCCGAGUAAGCAGUACUGCUGAAGGUCCAGCACCUGUGUCUCAGGUGACGUUUGUGCAGAGUCAGAAAUCCAUAAUCGACAACCCCUUGCCUGAGAAUGAGAUAAAAGAACAAGUCUCUGUGGUGGAAGGAAGGGAGCCAACUCCGCCUGAAGAAAUACCUUCGGAGGUUACAGGUGAAGAGAAUAAAGGAGCGGAAGAAAGUAAACAAGACAAAGAUACUGAAGGAGCAGUAGAGAGUAAAGGAGAGGAAGAAAGUGAAACACAAUACACUAGAAACGUGUCUAGGCAGUUGUCUCGACUCUCAUUGGCCAAGUCUGUUGUCGAGGAAACCGAGGUUGUGGAACAGCAGGAAGUUGUUCCAGAGAGUGUUCCUGCAUCCGCUAGAGAGGGGUCUGUGAAAUCACAAAUAUCCGAAGAAGACAUCGUAAAUGCUCUCACUGAGCAUGCCCAGCAGGUUGCUGCCAGCGUUCUCAGUUCUAAGCCUGAAACGGGUAAUAAUCUGGAGGCAGACGUCAGGCAAGCUGCAGAGAUGUGGAUGGAAAAACACCCCCCGCGACAAAUCUCACGGAGUCAUUCCAUUCAGGAUAACCACGACACUUUUCCCUGGCUUAUCUGGUGCAAACUUGAAUUUCUGACUGUUAUUGAUGAGAUUAUAGAGAUGCGGAAACAAAAGAGGAAGAGUGCUGGUCCGACUGCUGGGGAGUACCGAGAAUUGAUUAGGGAAUCCCUAACUACCGCCAUGAAAGCUCAAGGUCUGAAUGAAAACAUACCAGAUGAUACGGAAAUCACACAGGCAGUUAUAGAAGCACUGACGAAUGGAUCACUCACACCCGACGAUCUGGAGCUUGUUCACGAUAGUGACAGCGGCAAAAGUAUAAUCCGAUCCCGCAGCCAGAUGGCCAAUGCAAUGGGAGGGGUCAAGGAAGGUCAUAUUUACGUCACUGGGUCUAAAAACGGAAAGAAAGCUCCGGGGUCUAUUCCUGUAGACCGCACCUCAAAUGUUGAUGUUGGCGAGUUUGAUGUUAUUAAAUAUGGCACUGCUGCAUCUCAGUCAGGCUCUGAGAAAGCGCCUUCUGAGAAAGCAAUGUCAGAAAAAGCAAUGUCCGAGAAAGCUCCUUCAGAAAAAGCACCCUCUGAAAAAAUUGGUAAGUCCCAACCACCAUCAAUAAUGGGUGAGUCCAUUGUUGAGGAACCACCAGAGGUCGUAGAGUCGGACAAAAAAUCUUCCGUAUCAUUUCAAUCAGAGGUGGAGCCGCAGGUUGAUGAGUUCAAGAAAGCAGUCGAGGUGAUUGAGGAGCAGAGAACAGAACUGGAACUGGAACCGCAACCCCCCGUACAGGAGGAACCAACGUUACCAGAUGAACAGAAAUCAGACAUCAGCAAGAAGACGGAUGAGAAGAGCACAAGAAGCGCCAAGAGUCGUGUAUCGGACAAGAAGAGCAAGGUGUCUGACUCAACAUCGCAGAAAGGAAAGUCAGAAUUGGAAAAGCGGGAAGAAUUUGUUGUCGGCAAAGUGAAACAGACAAAUGAGCUUGAACAGCUGUAUGGGCCGGUGGACCCUCCAGCUAAAGAGCCGACUCAGCCGCCAGAACCUGAAGAAAAAGAACCUACACCAGAAAUUCCCAAAAAGAAAUCGGAAAUGCCAGGUAAAAAGGCUGAAAUUCCUCCUAAAAAAGCGCCUGAACCACCAAAAAAGAAAGAGGAGCCGAAAAAAAUUGUGGUUAAUCCACCACAGCAGGAGGAAGAGUUAGCUCCCAUUGCUGAGGAUGGCAAACCCAAUUUCAAAGGAGAGUUGGAAAAACUUUUUGGAAAAUUACCCGCAAAUAAAGAGAAGGAGAAGGGAAAGCCCAAGGAGAAAAAAACAAAAGCUUCCCCACCUCUCAAGAAACCGAAAGAGAAACCAAAAAAGGGCAAAGGGAAAGGCAAGGCUAAGAAAGAAGAGGAGAAGGAACCAGAACCGCCUCCUAAAGAGCCAACUCCCCCACCACCCCCUAAAGAACCAACCCCACCCCCACCUGAGGUCAAAUCUGAUGCUGAGUCUGAGCGGGAGUCCAUCUUAGAUUCCUACAAGUCGGAGGAGGAGUCUGACUUUGAAUUCAACAUUGUACGGGACUCUCCGUCACCAGAACCCAUUCCACGAUCUCUACCGUCGCUCCCAUCGUACGAUGAUAACACGGAGACAGAGAAUGAGGACGAUGAGGAAGAUAGAGGAAAGAAACAGAAGAAACAGAGGGUUAAGAAACAGAAGGAUGAAGCUGCCAGACUCCGACAGAUAUCUAAUAGGGAGGCUCGCGCAGCCAAGCGUGCUGCCCAGGCAGAGAAACGGCGCCAGGAGGUAGACCGGCGGCGGCGAGAACGGGACGAACAGUCUAAACGUGAGAAGGAGGAAUGGGAACGACAAGAACUUCUGAAACAGGAACUGGAGGAAGCAAGGAAACGUAACGAAGAAAACAGAAGACGUAGACGAGAGGCAGAAGCAGAGGAAAAUGAACAAGAGCUUCUAGAAGAGCAAAACAGACAGAAAGCGCUUCAAGCAGAACAGGAACGAGAGAAGAGAAGGAGGGAGGAAUACCAGAGAAAACUAGAAGAAAUGAAGAAGAAGCAAAUUUUGGAAGAACAAAAAAGACAUGAGGAAUCGAUGAAGAAAAUGAAAGAAGAAGAGGAGAGACGCUUAGCUGAGGAAGAAAUGAUGGCAAAGAUGGCGCAAGAAGAAAGAGUAGCAUAUGAGGAAAAGAAAAGAAGGGAAGAGGAGGAAAGAAAGAGAAAAGAAGAAGAAGAAAGGAUCAAAAGGGAGGAAGAAGCAAAGAAAGCUAUGGAGGAAGCGAGGAAGCUAGCGGAGGAAAUGGCACGGCGACAGGCCGAGUUGGAGGCUCGCCUCAAGUUCAACCACACCAUACAGGUCGAGUCGUCUGGCAUGACUCACUCUCAGAGCAUGACUCGUGCGUUCGUCUUCUCCUACUACGAACUUCUGUCAUGGCUCGGACUUGAUAUCCCCGAGUUUGAGCUACUCAAACUCAACCAGUAUUAGUUCCUCACCAUCAUAUACUCAGGUUGUAUUAGUUUUCAUUAAGGAUCCUCGUACCACUGCCAAAAAGAUAUGUAUUGGAAACUUUUUCACCUUUUCCUCAUAUGAAUGUAGAAUUGAUAAAUCAUUGGUGAAAAAAAAUAUCUAAAUCUUUUAUGAAAAGUAUGAUUAGGAUGAAAUAAACACAAAACAUAUUAACAUUAGUGUUCAGAGUGCAAAAAUGCAAUGUUCCUAGAUGAGGAAUCGAAGCUAAAACCUUCUAAUCUAGGGACUGUCGGUCUAAUCAUCUGAGCUUCCAGGUCAACAGGUUUUCACUGGCCGAGUCGCACUACAGCUACAUCUAAAACAAUAUUAAGGGGAGGUAAUUGUACCUACAAAAAGCUACAGCAGAACUCUUUAUGUUUUACCUCAGUGGGACAGGGAUCCUUAAGGGAUUUAGUGUAAUUAUAAAAAAAAACUUUUUAAUCUUGCUAGAUAGGGGUAAAUAAAUUAUUUAAGUCAUCAUUAUGUGAUAAUUGAUGUAAUUCUUAUAUGUGUCAAUGGCCUUAUAAUUCAAAAAUGAUUUAUUUUAAUGUCAGGAAGAAUUACAUACAAAAUAUUAGGUCAAUUUCACGGUUGUUCAUUGUUUUUAUGUGUUUAUGCUAUGUUUGGACAUUCAACAUUGCUAGGUGGUAUCAGAAAGGGGAGACUACUAGAAUGCUCCAAUAAGGGGAGAUAAUUCUAAAGCAUCGGGUAAUGAAAUAUUACAGAAAAUUUCACUUCAUGGUUGGCACUGGGUAUUUAAAUAUUCCCAAUAUUACUUUAAAUGCUACAAUGAUUUAUUUAUCAGAAUGAUCGUUAUAGACCACUUGUAAAAGCUAUAAUUUGAUAGUUCUAUCUGAUUCUUAUAAAGUUGUUACAUGACAACAGGCAAAGUUAGUAGUAAUAAUCUAAUAAGGGGAAAGAAUCCAUUAGUCUACCUUUGAUCAACUAUUUUUUAAGUGAAUACCCAAUUUUCUUUUGAUAUCUCGACAAAUCAGGGGUUAUAUUACAGCAACAUUGAUGGUGGUUUAUGCAUGAAAAUAGUUUUUUUUACGAUUGAUCCAGUAUGCCUUAUAUAUACUAAGAUUCUGGCAUACUUUUCUGUAAGGAUUUCAAUGCUUUGGAAUAUUUUCUUGGCAUUCACAGGGUAUCCAGAUUUAAGUAUUUGUCAGUAUUUCUAUUUUCAGUAUGUCAUUCAAAGAAAGUUUAAACAAUGUUGUUCACAGCUUGACAUUUUAGUUUUCAAAUUGUUAAUGCUACUUCGUAAAAAUAUUUUUAAAAUUUUAAAAUAUUUUUGAUAAUGUGAUAUUGUAAUGUGUGAUAUAUCUACAAAAAUAGUUUAUAAAUCUAAUAUUUAUAGCCAUCCUUUUUUGUUUGUCAAGAUAUUUUCAUACUUAUAAUGAUUAUUGUGAUAUUUUAUGGUUGUUGGUUUUCUGAAAUAAUUUUAUAACAAUUUUUUUCUGUAUUAUGCUGUUCAAAAGAAAUAUUUAGUAUUGAUAGAAAUGUUUUGAUUUUUCUUUCCGUCCAUCUGCUGCUGAUAUUUUUAUGGAAGCGAAAUGUUUACACUGUCAUGUAUAGCGAUGUGUUUUUAAUGUAUAUUUAAAUUGCUCAAUCGGAAUGUGAUAUAAUGGAAACAGUACAGCAUUAGAAAGUCUACUAUUGCUUCAAGCUUUUCUGUUAGUGUUGUGUAACAAGACCUAGGCCUAUGUUAAUUGUAAAGCCAGCUGUUCAAAAUCGAUUUACAGUGUUAAACUUUAUACUGCAUUACUGUGUACAUUAUAAGUCACCUUUGUAUAUAUGAUAUAUCAAUUAAGUUUAUAUCAAAUGUUCAUUUCUAGUUAUAUAAUGUCGUUACUAUUACUGUAUUUCUACACUGCAUGUUUAUUUUUAAAAUAUGUAAAUCAUGAUAAAUUCUCUGUAGACUGAAUCAGGUGCAGAAGUAUAUAUACCUGAGGAGUUAAAAAAAAUUAAGGAGAGACAAGCUUACGUUAAUCAUAACAGAUAUAUAUAAAUCAAUAACUCUGAUUGGUUUAUUUAAAUCACUGUUUGUACAUCUCGAAAGAUCAAAUAAGAAAAUUACCACAAAAUAAAUCUGGUUGGCCUAUUUCCUUUAUUAUGUGUAGCAGUGACAAUCGUUAUCCUAACGAGCGCACAAACGGGAGUAAUGAAGAAUUUAUGUAAAUUUUAGUUAGUUCCUAUGGUCACCAUUUGACUAUAUGAGAAUUGAAUUUUUUGAAAACUUGUACAUUGUUUACAAUACUACUUUGAGACUUAUUCUAAAUCGUUUAUAUCACGAUUUUUGUAGUUCAAAUAUGGACAGCGAGAUCAUUUGAUGAUAGAGAUUUAUCGGCGAUUCCGUAACACGUGGUAAACAUGGUGCUGUAACCGCCAAACUCUGGUUGGCCUUUUAGAUACAUUUCGUUAUUUUUAUUUUCAAAUUAGUUCUGUUGUAAUUCAUACACUAUAUUUUAAAUAUGUGAUAUUUAUUUACAAGACCGUUUUUGUUUCACAAUUGUAUCAUUUAUUACUAUUUCCUGUAAUUAUUAUUAUUAUUAAUAUUCAUUUGUUACAAGUUAUUUAGAUGUAGAUUUCACGUCACUUUUUAUUGGUAUUUUGAGGUAAGCACAACAGCAGACACAGGGUAGAUAGAAGGGCUGUAGUUUAGAUUUAGUUUCUAUAGACUAAUCCAUAGACCAGGGUUGUCUUUUUUACUGUUAUCCACUCCUGGGGGACCAGGGUCAAAUAUGGAAAAGUUCUUUUUACAUAUUUGUUAUAUAUUUCUUCUUCAAUAUAAAUAACGAUGUUCAUACUAAAGGAGGAAAUCACUAUAUUUUAGUUGAUAUCCGUUCUCAUUCAGAAAAAUAACCUGCACAUGCGGAAAUUUUCACGUGAGCUUAUGAAAAUUUUGUGUUAAAUUCAGCAUGCGUUGUACAAACUACCCCCAAUAUGUACAGAAAUCGUAAAGGUUAAGCUGAUUUAAAACCAGUGUAAAUAAAAUCACAAAAUUUUUACCCGACCAAAAAUUGCAUGUGUACAGAAUGUAUCUAAUGAUUUGUCUACAAUAAUCUUCCUCCAAGGUUCGGCCAUUUUGGUUCUUGACUAGUGCACUUUCCUUAUUGGAUUUGAAAUAGUGAAGACAUUGAUAGUUUGAGAAAUUAUUUCAGAAGCUGAUACUUGUUAAACCUUUUAGUGUUUAGAUCCUUAUUAGAGAAAUGCUAUUAUGAAAAGUAUUGUGGCAGAAUGAAAACAUUUAAAUGCAAGGUAAGAUAAACAUAGAUUUGUAUGAGAGUUGCUUCCCUUCAUUUCAUCAGCGUGGUAUAUACGUAAGUGAGAUAGUUACAAGGUUGUUUUUUUUAUCUUGCCAGGAAAAUUAAAGUUUUCAAGAAUUUUGUUAGCAGUUGAUUUGGUUGGUUUCUCUGUACCCUUAUAUUCUAUUCAGAUUUGGUCACAAGACUUUUUUUCUGCAUUGUUGCGUUUUGAAAUUUUCAGCAUUAUGGUUUUUGAUAUAUUUCAAAGAAAUUGGUUUCUGCAAGUUUUUAGGAGAGUUGAUAUCAUUUGUUUAAGCAAACUUUAUUGCAACCUAGUCAUUUCUGCAAUCAAUAAAACUUUCAUAAUUGUGGUAUUAAUUCAUUCACCCCUGAAGACACAUUUGAAUUCUUCCAAUUCAAAGGUUGAAAUGGUUCAUUAUGAAAUUUCAGGGGUGAAUGAGUUAAGAUGUUAGCCUGUGAUAAUUAUUUGCCAGCCCUUAAUGGAGUUUAAUUAUCCAUAUCUUUGGUCUAUUUGGUAACUUUUAUUUUUUGUGAAUUUUGUUCAUUUUCAGUUCCAAAUAAUGGUACGAAUACUGCCUAUGACUGGAGUUCGUCAGUCAUACAUUUAAAAUUCACAUCAACAAACGAUAAAUUGACAAUUUUAAAAUCCACACACAACGAUCAUCUUGUUAUAAUGUGAUCGUUUGUCAAGAGAAAUUUGGUAUUAAAAUGUCUUUUGGAAUUAUUUUAACCCUUUCACCAUUGUAGACCAUAAUGGACUUAUCCAGAUCAAUGUAUGGUAGAGUGUAUUAAAGUUACAUAGGGGUGAAAGGGUUAAGGGAGAGUAGACUAUGAAAUAAUUGGCCUUGAAUAAUUUACCCCCCAUCAUUUGUCAACUGGUAUUGCCACAUUUUCUAUGGUUUUGACAAUAUAUGUUGGAAGUAAACCCUCAUUAUACUGCCAUUAUUUCUCAAGUGGGGUGUUGGCACUAUAAAGGAAUUUGGUGACAGAUAGUGGGAGACUUAUAAUCAAACUCUUAACAAACUAUUUGAUAAAAUAAUGAAAUGGAACAUUGCCAAAGACUGGCAGUAAGUGAGAUGUCCAAUGAAACAAGCGGCACUAUAUCAAGGUUUUCAUUUGUAUAUGAAUUAUAUAUGUGUAUAUAUUACAUGUAUUUUUCUAAUAGAUAUUUUAGACUUUCAGAAUUUGCCUAAUUAAAUUUAAUACAUUCAGCUAGAUAUUCACAAAUUUAAGACCUUUGGUUCAUUUGUAUAAAACAAUGAGACACAUAAUUCAGUUUCUUUGCUGGCAGUAACAUUUUAAGUAUAUCAUUACUGUGCACUUGUAUUUCAAAUAUGAUCGUUUUGUUAGGGAGCUCACUGAUAGGGGAGAUAACUCUUCGAAUUCUGGAAGAUGAUGCUCUCAUGUUCUUAAUGCCUGGUCAUAUAUCCCAGGUCAAUUGUAUGUGUUCAUUAUGCACUUUUCCAUCUGAAAUAAAAUAUUGCAUUUUUAUGAA